UGCCCAUUGUCUGGACGUUAGCCAUUGUAUAUACACUUCCCUUCUUCUAUUCGUAAAUACCCGUACUGCUAGCAUCAUACACCUCAUCUUCGGAAUAAUCCACCAACAGUCAAAUUCACAUUAUGGCUCCCUCUGCUACCGGUGUGUCCAACGCGGCACAAGCUCCGAAGCCCUCCCGAUUCGACCCUACAUUUACCCAACAUGUCAUUGACACUAUGGGUCCCAACACAACCGAGAGAAACCGGGUUGUUCUCUCAGCGCUAAUCCGACACAUCCAUGACUUCGCCCGGGAAGUCGAGCUUACCAUUGACGAAUGGCUAGCUGGUGUCCGAUACAUCAAUGCCGUCGGUCGUGUCUACUCUGAGUCGGGAGAAACGAGAAAUGAAGCUCACCGAUUGUCCGACAUUCUUGGACUUGAGACAUUGGUCGAUGAGAUCGCGCACAAGAUUAUCUCCGAAACUGAAGUCGACCCGACCUCCUCCGCCAUCCUCGGACCCUUUUGGUCGCCCAACGCGCCGUUCCGCGAGAAUGGAGGAACUAUCAUUCAAGACGCAGCUCCGAACGGACAAGUCGUGCUCAUGCACGGUACCAUCAGUGAUCUAGUGACCGGAAAGCCGAUCCCGAACGCCGUCUUUGAUAUCUGGCAAGCUUCGUCCAACGGAAAAUACGAUUUCCAGGACCCCAAGAACCAAUCCCCGAAUAAUUUGAGGGGCAAAUUCCGCGCCGAUGAAAACGGCAAGUAUUGGUUCUACUGCUACUAUCCAACAGCGUAUUCCCUGCCUACCGAUGGUCCCUCGUACCAGCUACUGAAUAUGAUGGACCGACACCCCAUGCGCCCGGCGCAUAUUCACAUUAUGGUCACACACCCAGAAUACAAGGGCUGCACCACACAACUCUACCCCAAGGACGACCCGUGGCUAUCAUCCGACACCGUCUUCGCCGUCAAGGACGACCUAGUCGUCGACUUCAAGCCGCUUGAGGGCGACGACAAGGCCAAGCUUGAGCUUGACUACAAUGUUAUUCUAGCGCCUAAGGAUUACAAGGGAAAGUCUUUCUAAAUGAAAUAGGGUAAAGCAAGAUGAAAUGAGGGUCUUACCAGGGCUUAUGUAUAUAUGAACACUUCGGAGACUUUCAUUCUCCUCGUGUAUAAGAGGUUCGGAUAAGGCGAAGGGGGAUGCUGGUUCGUGGUCACGAGCCAAGGAACCCAAUUGGGAGUGACGCUCUAAAAAGAGAGACGAUAUAUCCCUUUGUCAUGAUAUAAGGGAAUGGGCGUUACGCCUACCAAAAUCGGUGGAAAUCGCCGAAAUAAUGAGAAACGUCCACUACGAUGACUUCAAAACAUAUCAGGCCCCUCUAGUGUGUGUUUACGAGUAAGCU